AUGGAGUUCACAGCUCCCCAGUCAAAACCCAUUAAGGGCCUCGAGCCCUACCUCUACGAAAAUCUCUCUUCCAGCUUUCAGCAAGACUAUCCCAAGGACAAGCUCAGCAUCUCUCUCUGUCUCUCGUCAAGGGACGAUCCCGCCUACCCAGUGAUAGAAAAAGUCCUUGCGCGAUUCCCGGAUAUAGAUGCGCGUCUCUACCUGGAGCCAAAGUACGAAGACCAUGAGCUGGGACCUAACCCGAAGAUUCGCAACAUGAGCCAAGCAUACCGUGAAUUAAAGGGCGAUGUCGUCUGGGUGGUCGACUGCAAUGUCUGGCUAGGGAAAGGCGUUUGCGGGAGGAUGGUAGAACGUCUGUGUGGACUGGAUUCAAAGGGCCAGAAGUACAAGUUUGUGCAUCACCUACCAGUCGUUGUUGACGUUGAGAGCGAAGAUGCCGCAAGGGACUUUGAGAAAAAUGCCAUAUUCCCUCCAGCGGCGGCUAUGAACGGCAACGGCGCGUUAAAAUCUGCUCCUGGAAGUGUUGUGGCCACGAAACCUGCUCCAGUUUCUCCUAUUGAAUAUAUCUCUUCAAUUGGUGGCGGUCGAUUAGAGGAGAUAUUCCUCGCCUCCUCCCAUGCGAAGAUGUACUGUGCCAUUAACACCAUUCUCGUUGCCCCUUGUGUCGUGGGAAAGUCAACCAUGUUCAGACGUUCGCACCUCGACCAGGUCACCAAGAACCAUGUCAUACCCUCUCGACCAUAUCCCCGGAAACCAGGUCUGGACUCCCUCUCCGACAACAUUUGCGAAGACCACCUCCUUGGAGAACGCAUGUGGAAUGGCAAACUUGAGGAAGAAGAGGAAGGUCAGCCAUCAGAAUGGGGUAAACAUGACCUUGUGUUCGGCGAUCUCGCUAUCCAACCGGUCACCAAGAUGACCACCUCCUCUUACAUUAACCGCCGAGUCCGCUGGAUCCGUGUUCGGAAAUUCAUAGUUAUUCUAGCUACGAUUGUUGAGCCAGGCAUUGAAUGUUUCGUCUGCUCUGCCUACCUCGCUUUCGGUAUCACCACCGGCAUCCCUCCCCUCCUCUCUGGUAGCCAGUACUGCUCAACUUAUCUGUCGACAUGGUCUGCUUUCGGGCUAGUCUGGGGUCUAAGCGCCUUCGUCUGGAUGCUAACAGACUUCUUCCUAUACCGAACCCUCCUUUCUUUUGUCACCAUCGAAGUAGACGAAAACACACCGCGCUUCGCCCGCCCUCCAGCUCCGGAAUCGAUUGCCAGACGACCAUUCCUGGAAUGGUUCCUUGCCUGGCUUGGCCGGGAGACUCUUGCUCUACCCAUAUGGGUAUGGAGUGUCUUUGGCGGCGCUACCAUCGUCUGGAGGGACCGUGAGUUCAGAGUGGGCAUGGAUAAUGUCGCUCAUGCAGUUGGUCCGGCCUCGAAGCAGCGGUCAUGCAAUGGUUCGCUUAACAGCGACCCAAACGACCAAUCUCAACGGUCUUACGGGUCAGAUGACAGUUGCGAAGUUCGACGGAGGACACCAAUCGAGAACCUCACCAAAAUGGGUAUGAAAACUACCGCUGCUGCCAUGGACCUCGAUGAAACAUCCCGAUUGAUUUAA